UUCUGCGUGGCGCAGCUCCUCCUCCAGAGGAAUUUGUUGAGGGCUCAUAAUUCUGUCCUGUCCGAUCCGUUAAUAUGCAAAGAGGCUUGAUACGAUUGUGUUCCAGUUUUAACACACUGAGCAUCGAAUUCACAGACGACCUAUUUACUAAGAUUCCCAGAUUUGAGGACAAAGUGGUCCUCAUGUAAAAUGUCUGUUGAGAGUUUGCUGUAUUCACACACAUAAUAAAGUGCUGCUCAGGCUCAGCUCUGGUCCUCGGCUCCAUCUGCAUGAAACACUGGCUGCCUGAGGAAAAUGCCUUCCUGUUGUGAUUCCGGUUUAGACAUCAGAGGAGCUGCAGUUAUUCUAACAAUGUCGGCUGGGUGGUGCGUUCAGGGCACCGGACAGUAAAUCUACACCGAGCAAAGCCAGAGUAUUAGUGGUAAAUCAGCCGAGGCUGAGCAGUAGGCAGACCUUUGUAUGGAGCUACAAAGUGUGAUCGAGGGUGUGUCGUUGCAAAACACGAGCCCUGAGGGAAAACGCUUUACUUCUGUGUCACAAUCCAACAGAACACGAGUUGCAUUCUCCCAAACAUCAUUGUUUCACUUCAAGCAGCCGCUUGUAAAAUACAUGAAAACGCUCCUCGGCUGCGAUGCGCUGGACCUCCAGCUGCAGCCCAUGAGGCUCGGUGCGGCGCUGGCACCAGCCCCGGGCCCGGGUCCGGGUCCCUCGGAGCCCAGUGGUCUCUGACGAGUGGGAGCAGUGUGGGAAAGAGGCUUUGAACUGGUUCUGCCCCACGCAGCGCGGCGCCGCGCCGCUUUCCAUACUGGGCGGGGUGCGCGCAGUCCGGCGCAGCGCAGCGCAGCGCAGCGCAGCGCCACCAGCCGCAGCCUCUGCGCCGGGCAACAUGGGUUUGGAGAAGGAGAAGUUGGACACGAGUAUAAUCAUGGACGAGGACGAGUUCAACAGGUCUAUAGAGCCCAUUUUGUCGAAGCAGGGGAAGGUGCGCGCGGCGGAGCCGGACCGAGAUCCAAACGACAUCAACUCGCACCUGAAGGUUGGUUUUGAAGACGUCAUCGCGGAGCCCGUCUCCACGCACAGCUUCGACACAGUGUGGGUGGGAAGCCACGCGGUGUUCGAGCUGGUCAAGUUCCUCUUCUACCGCCUGCUGACGACGCUGCUGGCGGUGCCCGCCGCCUUCAUCCUCGGGCUGCUGUUCGCGGUGCUCAGCUGCAUCCACAUCUGGCUGGUGAUGCCGUUGAUCCAGAGCUUCCUGAUGCUCCUGCCGUCGGUCCGGGUCGUGUGGCGGAGCCUGACCGACAUGUUUGUGGCGCCGCUGUUCCACAGCGUGGGGAAGGUCCUGUCGUCCGUUCACGUCCAGACGGCCGACGCCUGAGGAGGAGGGGGAGGAGGAGGAGGAGGAGGAGGAG